AUGAUUUCUCUACGAGCCUCUGUCCUCCUGCUUUUUGCGGCCUUUUGGCUUGGGGUGAACGCUAUUCCCACAAUCUCAGCAGUCGGUUCCAAAUUCUUCACCAGCGAUGGCAAGCAGUUUUUCGUCAAAGGCAAGUCCAGGCUCGUCGAAGAUGAUCCUCUCGUGAAUACCACCCAGUGCCAGCUCGAUGCGUCUCUCAUGCAAGAACUUGGUGCCAACUCGAUCCGUGUGUAUCAUGUGGAUGCGUCCCAAGACCACUCGGGGUGCAUGAAUGCUUUUGCUGCUGCUGGAAUCUACUUAUGGGUGGACCUCGACAGCUUCAAGACAUACAUUCGCUAUGCAGAUGAGUCGUCAUGGAAUGCGACCAAGUCAGACUCUUAUCGAGCUGUCUUGGACGAGUUUCAGCAGUAUGAUAAUACUGCGGGCUGCUUUGUUGGCAAUGAGGUGCUCAAUGUUUUGGAAGACUCCGGAGCUGCUCCUUAUCUCCUCGCGGCGGCGGUCGACAUCAAAUCCUAUCGAGAUGCCAGAGGCUAUCGGAAGAUCCCCAUCGGCUACUCGGCCACGGAUACUGCGGUUCUUCGACCCAUGCUUCAAGACUAUCUGGCUUGCCGUCCUAAUGCGACUGAACGCCUCGAUUUCUACUCCUUGAACAGCUAUGAGUGGUGCGGAGACUCACCUGACUUCCAGACUUCGGGUUAUGUUGGCCUCCAAGCGCUUGCCGAAGAUUACCCGAUUCCCAUAUUCUUCUCGGAGGAUGGUUGCAAUACCGUUCCGCCCCGGACUUUCAAUGACCAAGCUACCAUUUUCGGCCCGGAAAUGGUCGAUACCUGGUCCGGUGCCAUCAUCUAUGAAUGGAUUCAGGAACUGAACAACUACGGCCUUGUGGAAUACGGCCCCGCCGUCGGACCAGAAGUCAACCAGGGUUCAACCAUUGUUCAAGGUUUCACCCGUCAAGGAGUGCCUACUCCUAUCUCGCCUGACUUCAGCAAUCUUCAAGAACAGUGGAAGACACUGAACCCCACCGGCGUCAACUCGGCUCAGUACGCUGCCACGGUCAAGACAACUGCUCCAUCCUGCCCAGCUUCGACUGCAGGGGGAUGGACAGUGGACCCCAGCGCGCCUCUCCCCACUGUUGGAGCAGAGGCCGUCUCACCAGGUAUGCCAAGCGGCCUGCCAACUGGCAGCAUUACCGUUGCCACCACGGCGCCCGUUUCCCCUUCUCCUACGUCGCCCUCUGCGUCUAUCACUUCUUCUCCCGUUUCGUCGCACGCAUCAACUUCGCAGACCAGUAGUACUUACAGCUCGACAGUCACCUCUGCACGGGGCAGCACGACUGCUUCUGGGGCCGCCAGCUCGGCGACAUCACAAGGAGCUGCUGCCAGAGUGGUCUCCGCGCCCCCCUCGUUCAGCAAUGUCGGAUUCAUGGGCAUGGUGGUUGCUCUGGUGGCAGUGGGCGCAGGAGUCAUGAUUUGGCUAUGA